AUGUCGCUGCUCCACGGGCGCAGCAUCUUCCUGCGCGGCGUGCGGCGCCUCGAGGCCGUCCAGCACGCGCGCUGCACGCCCGCCUCGUCGUCCUUGUGCCUGGGCAGACGCCGGCCCGCGCACUUCGCCCUCCCGGCGCUGGGCAACGGCGUGCUGAGCUUCUCCACGUCGGCGCAGGACGAGCGCGACCAGCACAAGAAGACUCUGACCAAGCACAAGCCGCUGAACGCGCUGAGCGGCAUGGGCCUGGACCGCCCGCCCGACACGGCCAAGGAGAUCCUGAGCUUCCUCAUGGGCCACCUGUGGCCCAACGACGACUCGAAGGAGGCCAAGGAGAUCAAGCAGAAGGUGCUCGUCUCAGCAGGCCUCGUGGUGGCGGCCAAGGCGCUGACGAUCCAAGUGCCCUUCAUCUUCAAGGAGCUAGUGAACAGCAUGGGCGACGCCUCCAGCGCACUGGCUGGCUCGCCCGAGAUCGCGGUGCCGCUGGCCAUGGUGCUUGGAUACGGCCUGGCUCGGUUGAGCGCCAGCGCGUCCUCGGAGCUGGCCAACGGUGUGUUUGCGACGGUGGCCCAGAAGACCAUCCGCAAGGUGGCCGUGCGCGUGUUCAACCACUUGCACUCGAUGGAUCUGAAGUUCCACUUGGACCGGCAGACGGGAGCGCUCUCGCGCAUCAUUGACCGUGGCUCGAGGUCGAUCGACUUCGUGCUGCGCGCCAUGGCGUUCCGCGUGGUGCCGACUGUGUUGGAGAUUGGACUGGUGAGCACCAUCAUGGCUACGAGCUUCGGACUGCCGUACGCCGGUGUGACGCUCGGAACGCUUACUGCCUACACGACGUUUACGGUUCUCGUUACGCAGUGGCGAGACGAGAUUCGUCGCGAAAUGAACCGCCGCGAGAAUGAGGCUGGUGCCAAGGUCAUUGACUCGCUCAUGAACUACGAGACGGUCAAGUACUUUAACAACGAAGAGCACGAGACUGCGCGCUACGACGAGUCGCUCAAGGGCUACCAGGAAGCGGCACUCAAGACGCAGACGUCGCUGGCGAUGCUGAAUGCUGGACAGAACGGCAUCUUCAGUGUUGGUCUCACUGCCAUCAUGUACAUGGCGUGCGAGGGUAUCGCUGCCGGCACGCUUACCGUCGGUGACUUGGUGCUUGUGAAUGGUUUGCUGUUCCAGCUGUCCAUCCCGCUGAACUUCAUCGGCAGCAUCUACCGUGAAGUACGCCAGUCGGUGACGGACAUGGAGUCCAUGUUCAAGCUGGGUGCUGUGGCACCGGUUAUCACUAACCCGGACGAGACGUUGAGUCUCAAGGGCAGGGAGCCCAAGUCGAUCGAAUUCCGGGACGUGGAUUUCGGUUACCGGUCUGAGCUUCCGAUUUUGCGCAAAACGUCGUUCAAGGUGGAGGCGGGCAAGCGCGUUGCCAUCGUGGGCACGAGUGGCUCCGGCAAAUCCACGGUUCUCCGCCUGCUCUACCGAUUCUACGACCCGCAGAACGGCUCAAUUCUUAUCGACGGCAAGGAUAUCCGCCAGCUGAGUCUGGACGAGCUGCGUCAGGCGAUCGCUAUCGUCCCGCAGGACACCGUGCUGUUCAACGACACCAUCUUCUACAACAUCAACUACGGUCGUCUGGACGCGACGCCGGAGGAGGUGAUGAAUGCCGCUCGCGUCUCGCAGAUCCACCGCUCGAUCGAGUCGUUCCCCGACGGAUACAACACGCGCGUGGGAGAGCGCGGUCUGAAGCUUUCCGGUGGCGAGAAGCAGCGCGUGUCGAUCGCUCGCGCGAUGCUCAAGGACUCGCCGAUCCUGCUGUUCGACGAGGCCACCAGCGCGCUCGACUCGGAGACCGAGUCGGAGAUCGUGCGCGAGUUCGCGUCCAUCGGCGAGAACCGCACGUCGCUGAUCAUUGCGCACCGCCUGUCGACCAUCCAGGACGCGGACGAGAUCAUCGUGUUCGACAAGGGCCACGUGAUCCAGCAGGGCUCGCACGAGGAGCUGCUGCGCGAUGUUGAGGGCAAGUACGCCGAGAUGUGGGCGCGCCAGAACCACCACGUGCUCGGGCUGCUCGGCAGCGGCGACAACGAGGACGAAAAGGUGUAG